CUGAAAGUGUUUUUGAGAUGAGAGAUUAUGUUUGUAUGAAAAGUGCUGUUGGAGAUUGUAAAGUGGAGGGUGUUUAUAUUGGAAUGAGAGAUAUUGUUGAGGUAGAAGGUCUUGUUGGAGUUCAUCUUAUUGAAAUAAAAAAGUUUGUUAGAGUGAAAAGUUUUGUUAAUUAG